AGAAUCUUGAAUUUUCAUCCUUUUCUGGUCGAAUUUUUUCUUUUCCCUCCCCCGUUUUCAAAACAAAACGCCAAAGCAAGAGAGACACUUCCAUCCUCCUCUCUUCUUCCUUCUUCCACACAAUCGUUCUGUUACUAGGAUCCAGGUAUCCCUCAAUUGGUCACCUCUGCUCACCCUUUGUGCCGUGACGAACCUGGGCGCAAGACAUCCAUCCCACGAGAACGCACCUCACCGCCAUGAAAUUUUGACCUGCCGUACCUCCUCUUUUUCACAGAGCAAGUCCUCUAGACCAGAUACCUCCAGACACGAGACAAACGGUACACUUGGGGCGGGCCGAGAUCUUAUGAUCAUGUUGUCUGAGGGCUUUAUCACAUCUAUUCGCGCUCAGCCAAGGGCGCCCAAUACAGCCACAGCAAAAGAUGUUGGCAUCUACUUCCACGAGCUCUACCCGACUCCUGCAAUUAAGUCCUCGUUCAAAAAGAGCUCGACACCGGUCAAUGCAUUGGCUGUGAGCUCUACACACAUCUUCGCAGCCCAGGCAGAUAAGGCGGUGGUUCAUGUAUACUCGAGGGAGCGCGGGAACCAGGAGGCACUGAUCUCGUUUCCCGAACGGAUACACUGCGUAACUAUGAUUGGGGAUGGGGUUCUGGUACUUGGUACUGCUGAAGGCAGGGUGAUACUGUGGGAGGUCUGUACGGGUAGACAAAUCUCGACCCCGCCCGCGCAUCUCCAGCCAGUAUCGUGUGCCGUGGCAAACCAGUUGCAUCUAGUAACCGGAUCAGAAGAUUCAAACAUCCACGUUUGGUCGGUUCCACGCCUGUUGUCUUUAACUUCCAAUGAAAGACAUGAGCCACUGCGAAGUCUGUCCAACCACCGUGCGGCUAUCACCUCUCUAGGAAUGGGCCACAGCGCCAGUACUAUGAACAUCUGCGUUUCAGCCAGUAGGGACAACACAAUCGUGGUUUGGAACUACCAUACCGGAGAUCUCCUGCGGACGUUUCUACUUCCAUCGACGCCUCUUUGUCUUGCCCUCGACCCGUGUGACCGAGGUGUUUACAUUGGGUUCGAAGACGGUACGCUCCAACUUGUGGAAUUCAUUGAACCAGGUUCUACGCUCAAUCCACUCUAUGAUACCAGGCUGCAGACCACCCCCGUACAGAUCACCCAGCCUCCUUGGACGACAGCUUCUGAGGUCGGAGCUGCACACACUCUCGGCCUCAGUUACGACGGUACCACUCUUAUUUCAGGGCAUGCGUCCGGAAAAAUUGUACAGUGGGAUAUAGGGAGACGUAGGUUUUCUGCAGAGGUUGCUGAUCUGAAUGCCCCUGUUACCAACCUACACAUGUUAUCUCCCUUUCCUGACAAGAGAAUGACCAAAGCUGGCGCCGUGGUCAAACCCAAACUUGGCGAAAGCGAAUACACAUUUACUGCACAGUUAACUGGAACCAUGGAAGUUGAUACAUUCAACCGAGUAUUAAACGCCCCGGGCAUUCCGCCAGAAAUGCUCGAUGAUGCUAUUUCUAGAUUUUCCAGACCGGCAGCGGCGUCUUCGAGUGGAGACGAAAAGCUACGCAAGGAAAACGAGGAACUGUGGAAGGUUAUCAAUGAACAACGCGCUCUCCAAAAGAAGACUUGGGAAAAGUAUUCUCAGCUCAAAUCUGGCGGGGCUUAACCGUCAGGUCGCGUUUCAGAUAUUGGAUAUUAGGCUCAUCUUCCCGAAAACGAGCCCAUUGUACGUGUAACGAUGCUACAAAGACCUCAUGCCUUGGUUGGAAUAGACCUGAGCAUGCUUCCUCCAAUUUUAAGGACGAUUUGGAAACCGUGCUAUUCAUCAACCAUUGCCGAAUUGUGGCUCCAUACUCGUAUGGGAAAAUGUCACAAUUGGAUCUACGUUCUAAAUCGAAUGCUUGACAUGUCUUUUCGGCUCAUUUAUUAUGCAAUACGUGAGUUCUGCGGGAAUGCUGGACCAUAGCAUUGUCCGCUAAGAGAUUCGCAAACCCAAAUUGUUUUAAGGGCAACGUGCUUCACAAUGCACACCGCUAAGAUCGCGAGUUCAGACGAAUUGGCAUCAAAAUCGGAUGGAAAAUAUUGCCUUCAAUGG